AUGACUGAUGAUGAUGAUGAUAGUACUUUUGAUAUUCACCUUACCAAACUUGUUGUGGAUGAAAUUGGUUAUGAUAAUAUUGGUGGUGUUGGCAAACAGUUACCAUACAUAAAUCAAAUGGUGGAAUUAUCAUUAAAACGUCCACUACUGUUACAAACAAUUGAUGUUAAACCACCACGAGGUAUUCUUUUAUAUGGACCAUCUGCCAUAGGUAAAACUUUAAUUGCACGUGCCGUGGCUAAUGAAACUGGUGCAUUUUUCUUUUUAAUCCAUGGACCGGAAAUUAUGUCUAAAUUACCUGGUGAUUCUGAAUUUAAUUUACGUAAAGCAUUUGAAGAAACUAAAAACAAUGCUCCAGCUAUUAUUUUCAUCGAUGAACUUGAUGUAAUUGCACCAAAGCGUGAAAAAAGUCAUGGUGAAAUUGAACAUCCUGUUGUUUUACAAUUAUUAACAUUAAUGGAUGAUCUUCAACAAUGUUCACAUGUGAUUGUUAUGGCGGCAACAAAUCGACCAAAUUCAGUUAAUCGAGCACUUCGUCGUUUUGAUCGUGAAGUUGAUAUUAGUAUACCAGAUGCUAUUGGUCGUUUAGAAAUUCUUCGUAUACAUACAAACAAUAUGAAAUUAGCUGAUGAUGGGUGUUUAGUACAAAUAGGCAAUGAAACUCAUGGUUAUGUUGGAGCUGAUUUGGCAUCAUUAUGUUCAGAAGCUGCAUUACAACAAAUUCGUGAAAAAAUGGAUGUCAUGGAUUUACAAAACAAUACAAUCAAUGUUGAAGUACUCAAUGCAUUAGUGGUUACAAAAGUGAAAUUUCGAUUUGUCCUUAAUCAAUCAAAACCAUCAGCUUUACGUGAAAUAGUUGUUGAAAAACCAAGAACAACAUGGGAAGAUAUUCAUGGUUUAGAAAAUGUUAAAAGUGAAUUACAAGAACUUAUUGAAUAUGAUGUUGUAUAUCCGUACAGAUUUCUCAAAUUUGAUAAGACGUCAUCAAGUGAUGUUCUCUUGUAUGGAUCACUGGGUUGUGGUAAAACAUUAUUAGCAAAAGCUAUGGCCAAUGAAUGUAAUGCUAAUUUUAUUUUGGUUAAAGUUCCAGAAUUAUUAACUAUGUGUGCCGGUGAUGGUGGUGAUGCAGCUGAUCGUGUUUUUAAUCAAAUUUUAACUGAAAUGGAUGGUAUGCGUGCAAAAAACAAUGUUUUUAUUAUUGGUGCUAGCAAUAGACGAAUUAUUAUUGAUUCAGCUAUACUUCAACCAGGUCGUCUUGAUCGUUUGAUUUAUAUUCCAUUAUCUGAUGAUAAAUCUCGUAUGGCUAUACUUGAAGCUGUUUUAAAAGAACUACCAGGAGGAAAAGCUGGUGUUUUAAGUUUAUUAGCAGAUGAAACAAAAGACUUUAGUGGUGCAGUUUUAACAAAAAUGUGCCAACGUGUAUAUAAAUUAGCUAUAACAGAAUCAAUUAAAGAAAAAAAAACGCAUUGGACAAACAACAAUGAAUUUUGA